GCCCUCCCCUUUCCACAACAGUGACACCAUUUUUUCUUUAAACAUUUUUGAUCUUGAUAAAGGUAACACCACACCGAAUAUCGAGUCAUCAUGAAGACCAGUCACAUCUUUCUUCUCUGCAUCUUGGGAGCUGCACUGCUUUACUCAGUGAUCUGCAGCAAUGAAGUUGGUCCUGACGACUGCUGCUUCAAAUUCUACCCCAGAAGAGUGAAGAAAAACCUCAUCCACUCAUAUUACAUGACUGAUUACCGGUGCCCAAAGACUGGAGCCAUUCUGGUCACACAAAAGUCUCGUCACAUCUGUGCGGAUCCAAAUCUCUCCUGGGUUGAGAACAUCAUGAAAAGUGUGGACGAAAGCUCCUUUUAAACCAGCUGCCUGCUCAUCCUUCUUUCAAGUUACUGCGGUUGCUUUAUCAAAUCGCACUAUGAAAUGCAUUUUACAAUGUGGUCAUGAUUUUGGUAUUAAUGUGCAAAUCUGUUAUCUCUGGUGUUACAUUGUGAGCCUGCAUUGGCACAUUGACCAACUUAUCCUUUUUUUGUAAUGUCUUUUGGAUGCUUUGUAUUACCCACAAUAUAAUACAGAAUAAACCUCAUACAAAUACA